AUGUUGCUUCUGAUUCUGCGACUGGUGUACAACUGUGGUCUGAGCUGUGGGGGUUUGAUCAAAUAUAGGUUUAUUGUUUUAUUUUUUGUAGGUGCAGCGGGUGAAGACGCAGGCCGCGUUUUUCUUCCAUAUGAUAUAAGCGACGCAGAGCUCAGGGAGAUAGCGGGGGUUCAGGAGCAGGCUGGUUCAGAGUCAGGCAGAACCGAACUCCCUGGCUUACGCUCGCCAGAGGCGUCUAAUAACAACUUUAUUCUGAAAACCGAAUCGCAUGAACCAGAAGUUCUACCCGAGGCAGCUGGUUAUGAUGAUGAUGAUGAUGAUGAAGUCGUUGAUGAGGUCGAUGUUUAUGAAGAGAUAGUGCCAGCGGGGUUAUUAACGCCUCCAAUAUCUCCGUUGAGUGCGCCAGCAAGCCCUAUCGGACUUCCAGCACUGCCACCACCACCGCCAUCUUCCCCGGCCUCGCAAGAGCUGCAACAAUCUGACCCUGAAUCAGAAGACGGGGCCUCUUUUGAGAUUCCCGCAGCGCAGGAGCAAAACGAGAAUCGCCAACGAAAAAGUGAAUCAAAGGAUAAGAUUCGCGGGGAAAGGAAUCCUUCUUCUUCACGCAGGGCGAGAAGAGAGAGACGGCGAAUUAAGUAUGCCUCAGAACGCUUUCACGACAGAGUGGAUUUACUUCUUGGAUUGAUGAAGGAAUCUUAUUUCGUAUUACGCAAACGAAGGAUCCAGAAAGAUGACCGGCUGAAGGGUCAGACUUUCCUGAAGGCUGGCAGGGAAGUUCUUUUCGAAAUUGUUAACGACGCAUAUGAACUUGUAAAAUAAUUCAUGUAUGUCUCUUAUAACUAAUUAAAAGAAUGGA